AUGGCCGACCCAGAAGAGACUUUCAGCCUGCAAGCCUCUCCGGGUGCUGGUUCGGAUUCGAGGGAGGUUCCGAGCGAAGAUAAAGCCGAGAAGCCCAACGGGACGUCCGGCAAGUCGCCGUCCUCGCAAACUACCUACAUCCAACAGGGUAUGGAGGGUAUAAAAGUUUACCUGCACGAGAGGGAACUGUGGGUGAAAUUCCACGAGGUGGGCACCGAAAUGAUCAUCACCAAAGCGGGCAGGCGAAUGUUCCCGAGCUUUAAAGUGAAAGUCACCGGCCUGAACCCCAAAACUAAAUAUAUCCUGUUGAUGGAUGUAGUGCCCGCAGAUGAUCAUCGAUACAAGUUUGCUGAUAAUAAAUGGUCGGUGACAGGCAAAGCCGAGCCCGCCAUGCCCGGGAGGCUGUACGUGCACCCGGACUCUCCGGCUACGGGCGCCCACUGGAUGCGGCAGCUGGUCUCGUUCCAGAAGCUCAAGCUGACCAACAACCACCUGGACCCGUUCGGACACAUCAUCCUGAACUCAAUGCACAAGUACCAGCCCAGAAUCCACAUCGUCAAGGCUGACGAGAACAACGGUUUUGGGUCCAAGAACACGGCCUUCUGCACGCACGUCUUCCCCGAGACAGCCUUCAUUGCCGUCACGUCCUACCAGAACCACAAGAUAACGCAGCUUAAAAUUGAGAACAACCCAUUUGCAAAAGGUUUUCGAGGAAGUGAUGACAUGGAACUGCACCGGAUGUCCAGAAUGCAAAGCACCAAGGAUUACCCGGUGGUCCCUCGCAGCACGGUGCGCCAGCGAGUGAGCUCCAGCCAGAGUCCGUUCAGGGGGGAAGUCCAAGGCCUGGCCACCCCGAGCACUUUGAGCUCCCAGUACUCCCAGUGCGAGAACGGGGUGACCAGUACUUCGCAGGACUUGCUGCCCCAGUCGGGCUCCUAUCCGGUCCCACACGAACACGGCCAGGACUACCACUGCAUCAAGAGGAAAGCGGCGGAGGACGACUGCCACUCGGGCGAGCACAGCUACAAGAAAGCCUACUUGGAAGGCUCCUCCAGCGAGGAUGACCAUUACUACCGGCCGGUAGGCUACGCGCAGAGCCUGGGCCUGGCAGCCGGGCCCUAUCGAAGCGAGUCCAGCCAGCGGCAGGCCUGCAUGUACGCCGGCCCCUCGCAGGGUGCCGAGUCCGUUCCCAGCUUGGAGGACAUUAGCUGCAACACCUGGGCCGGCGUGUCGCCCUACGGGAGCUGCUCGGUGGCCACCAUGCAGCCCGUGGAGCGACUGCCCUACCAGCACUUCUCGGCUCACUUUGCGUCCGGCUCUCUGGUGUCCAGACUCGGCGGGGUGGCGAGCCACUCCUCGCCUCAGCUGGCCGACGGUCACCACGCCGCCAUGUACCAGAGCUCCGUGACGCACCCGACUCUGGGCCGCCAGUGCAGCCCCGGCGCUGGGAUCCAGUCGCCGAGCGCUGGCCUGCAGGGGAACGAGUACCUCUACACCCACGGCAUACAGCGCACGCUAUCGCCUCACCAGUACCACGCCGUUCACAGUGUCAGUAUCAUGCCUGAGUGGAACGACAACAGCUAGGGGAGCUUUCCGAAUUGCAGUUGGGCACUUAUAAGCAGCAUGAACAUGAGAUUAGUAGCGCUUGAACGCACACAAAAAAGACUCGAAAGAAACAAAAACUUUGGUGUGGAUCUCCAGUGACUCUCUUGGGUUUUGGGCCUACAUUUGUUUGUCUCCACUCAUUCGUUUCCAAUCUCUACAAGGAAGCCGGAGUCUAUCACCGCUGAGACUGGUCGAGGGCGCACCAUGGACUGAUUGGUAGAAUCCAUUACAAGGGACAUGUAGAAAAAAAACAUCACUCUUAUUUGUGGUCCAAUCUUAAAUCUGAGCAGGACCUAGUAUAGUUCAGCCCAAAUGCUCGCUUCUCCAACCCACUUCACUGCCAUGUUUCCAGUUUUGCCAAAACUACAGCAUCAGUUCUCAGUCUUUGCACACCAGUUGCCUUCACAUUUGAACAAUGUAUCUAAAAAUGAAUCUCCGAAUUUGCUUUACAUGGUCUUUAAGAAAUUAAUGAGAUGUUUGAGUAUUCAAAACAUAGGUCAAGAAAAUGGUUACGUACUUGUUGUACUAAAAUGUCCACCCAAAUCUCGCCAAAUUGCAAAUUUCUUCUUACUACAACAACCCACGUAAAACAGGCUGAUAUUUGUUAUUUGCAGGUAUCCAUUUUUCUUUAUUCCUAUAAUUGUGUUGCUAUCUUGAGACGAUUACUGGCUUCCUCUGCAGGUUCAGAAAAACAAAAAACUCAAGUCUGGGCCACAAAAAUGUCAUAAAAACCUUGCAGUUUUAUGUUAAACACGGUGAAAGCUUGCAUUCGCUAACAAUAGAAUAAAAACAGGCUUAGCAGCGGGAUAGCACAGGGAAUGUAGUUUUACGGAACCUACUUGAUAUAUAUGUGAAAAGAACACAAAGCUCAAAAUUAUUGUCGCCACACCUUCCAUGUGGACAAAGGAUUAUUUUUAAUACUUGUAGCUGAUAGAAUGUUAUUUGUCAAUAGUAUUUAUUUGUCACUCAUGUAAAUCGCCCGUCCAUGCAUGUAGCUACGAUAGAUGGUUAUGUUAUUUUAUAGUCCCUUUUUUUUUUUUUCGUAUAGUGUUUUCUAAUCAUACUCCGAUGGAAACCGGGAGAUUACUAUGCA